AUGGCGUUGGAGCUUGUACCCAUUGGAACCAUCCUGGCUGUGGUAACAAACCAGGUCCUCAAAACAGCUCAGGCUGCAAACGAUGUUCUAAUAGAGAAAGAGAGUUUCAAGGUCCUAUCCAAUCACCUCUUUGAUAUAGAACCUGUGUUAAAGGAACUUCAGCUUCAAAAAUUAAAUGAUUCCCCAGCUGCAAGGUUAGCUCUUGAGAACCUUGAAGCUGAUGUGAAAAAGGCAAACAGCUUGGUUGAGAAGUACAAAAAUCGAGCCCGUUUCUAUUUACUGCUCAAGUGUCGCCACAUAGUCAAUGAAGUUCAAGAAGUCACAAGGGACAUUGGAAGGUCUUUGGCUGCAUUAUCCCUUGCUAAUACUGAGGUCCUCUCGGGGAUUUCAGACCAGGUGAAUAGGCUGCAGGCUGAAAUGCAGAGAGUAGAAUUCGAGACUUCACAUUCUCAGCUCCAGAUAAUUGACAGGUUAAAUCAGGGUCUUAGGGAACAGAAACUUGAUCAAGGUUUUGCAAAUGAUAUGCUUGAAGAAAUAGCAAGGGCAGUUGGGAUACCUGUUGAACCCUCAGAGAUAAGUAAGGAGCUAGCAAGCUUCAAAAGGGAAAAGAAAGAAGCAGCCAACCGCAAAGAAAGAGCUGAAGUUUUCUUCUUGGAGCAGGUUAUUGAGCUGCUUUCUCAGGCUGAUGCUGCAAGAGAUUAUGAAGAAGUCAAGAGGCAGUAUUUUCAGAGGCUUCACGUUGUAGAGCGCUAUGAUGACAAGGAAGAAUUUAUUGCUCCAUUGAACUCCUUCAAAUGCCGUAUAAAUGGGACUGUGAUGGUUGAUCCUGUAAGCCUUUGCACGGGCACUACAUGUGAGAGAACUGCUAUUGAAGCUUGGUUUGAACAUGGAGAGAGAACUGACCCUGAAACAGGUGAGGAUCUUGAAGAUACUAGUUUGAGGACUAAUCUUCCUCUGAGACAAUCCAUAGAGGAGUGGAGAGAAUUGAAUUAUUGUCUUAAGAUAAGAUCUUGCAAGGCCAAGUUGUUGUCAGGUGUUGACUCGCUAAUGGAGGAUGCCCUGAGCCAAAUGCAGGAUCUUAUGAGAGAAAAUUCUAUAAACAAAGAUUGGAUCUCCGUAGGAGGGCUUGCUGAUAUAAUAAUUUCUAUCCUCGGAAGCUCACAGAACAAAGAGGUGAAGAGGAAGAUUCUAAUUACCUUAAAGGAUCUUGUGAAAGGGCAUGCAAGAAAUAAGAUUUGA